UUGCUUUGAUGAUGGGCGGGGCGAGUCGGCAUAAAGGUUGGCCGGUGAGUUCACGGAACAAGGAAGGAGGCCCGUCCAAUGAACGGCUGAGAAUGCAUGGUUACUUUAUCGCCAGGGGUCACUGUCUCUCCAUCAUCAUCAUCGGCUCCAAAAUAUAGUCCCAUGUCCAUCUCAAUUCACGGCCAGAAAACUAUUAAUUCAUGUCCAUCUUACUUUGGUUAGUUUGGCAUCAAAGAAACAAAGCCAAUGCUGGAGAGAAAAUCAAAUGCCCAGAUGACAUAUUAUCUUCUAUUAAUUACCAUACUUAUGAAUACAGGAGCCUGAAGCAGCGGAGGAUGAUCCCAAAGCAGACAAACAUCCAAAAGUGGACUCCUCCAUCAGCUGCAGGUGCAGGAAACCUGGAACACGUCUCGGAUGCCUUCCAUGCUGAAGCACUAGCAAUACUAAAUGCGCUCAAUGCAACAGUCAAGAUGGGUUUCAACCAAGUCAUCUUCGAAAUGGAUUCCACAGUGCUGAAGCAAGCAAUUUCAAGUGAGGACUAUGACCUAGCGCCACUCGGAGCCUUGUUCCAAGAGAUAAAAUUUCAACUGAGGAUCGCUUUUGAGAAUGUAAAACUUUAUGUAUGCCUUAGGUCUUGUAACAAUGCAGCGCAUGUCUUAGCAGCACAUGAAGCUAGCUUAGGAGAUGGCAUGUAUGAAAUCUGGUUAGGCCAGUUUCCUGAACUUGUAAUGAACUCUGUAGCUGGGGAUUUAACCAGCAGGUCUCUGUAGUGGAAUAGCAAUUGUUCCCUUAAAAAAAAAA